GUGAGGAGCGAUGCUUGUCUGUGAGCCGAGGCGGUUCUGGCUGGCAGAGCAGUCUGGAGGCGGUCCAGGGUGCUGUGGAGGCAGGGGACUCCCCAGGUUUGAAACAAAGACCUCGUGGGCAGCUCCCCUGAGCCCAGGCCGACAGUAUGGUGGUGUAGUCCAAGUGAGGCCACAGGCAGGAUGGCUGCUGCUGAGAGGAGCCCCCUGUGACUUGGACCACCAGCUGCAGCUCAGUCUCUUGAAGAUGAAGUGGCCCAGGUGAAGCUAGGCCAGGCCCCAUGGCCAGCUCAGGGACAGAGGCACACUGGGCUGGGCCAAGCCUAGGGCAAGAACCCCGGAGGCAGCGCUGGGCUUGGGCUGAGGAAAAAGACGCAGAGGGAGGCAGUGACCAGGGCUGGGCAAACGAGCCGUCCCUUCCUAAAGCCCCCAGCCCUGAGCUCCUGGAAGACUUCCGCCGAGCACAGGAGCACCCGCCACCCGUGGAGUGGGCCCCAGACACGCAGGAAUCAGAAGAGUCUUCUGGAGAAGAGACUGAAGCUGAGGAUGUGAGCAGCCCAGAGGAUUCCACUUUGCCUCUUCCCUGGCUCUCCAGACACAAUCAACAGCUGGACCUGUCUGAAGAGGAACUGUAUGAGGACCCUGAAAGACCUGAGGCGGAGUUAUCUGAAGAGAGUUGCUCGGAGCUGGAGUGUGAAGACCCAGAAGAUUCCAGCCCUACGGCUCCAGAGCAGGGGCCAGCUGGAGGCUGGGUGGCUUCUAUCAAGCAAGGCAAUAAACACAGACCUUCUGAGCACCCCACAGCCUAUCCAUCUGUUGAACACAGCCCUGCAAAGUCCUGGAGCAGUGGGACUGUGAGUCUCGGUCAGCCUAGUGACAGCCUUGAUUCUACCUGGGAAGGAGACACUGAUGUCCCCCAACCUGACACGCAGACCAAAGCUCUGUCACAACGUCCAUGCCAUAACCUCCCACAGCCAGAUGACAGAAACGGAGAUGGCGUUGCUCUGGCAACACCCACGGAAUUCCAGGACUCCUUAGCAGCACUGGCCCGGAAUCCUCCGUGCUCUGCAGGCACAUGGGGGCGAGAAACCACCAGUCUGCCCAGCCCUCGGCCUGAGGACCGAACCUGGAAGAGAACUAAGACCUCACCGAAGGCACUGCCCUCCCGAUUUACUGGCUCUAUGACCCCCCCGAGUACUCGGCGUGGGGCAGUAAAGAAAGCUGUCUCACAGCACAGUCAAGGAGUCACUCUGGCUGACCACUCUUCCUCAGAUGUCCCCAAGUAUGGCCGGGGGCGCCUGAACUACCCACUCCCUGACUUCUCCAAGGUGGGACCCCGGGUGAAGUUUCCCAAAGAUGAGAACUAUCGACCCCCCAAGUCCAGAAACAAGAACAGGCAACAAGGCCCUACCAGACCCCUAAUCUUCAAGUCCCCAGCUGAAAUUGUUCGAGAUGUACUGAUGAGCAGUGGAGACAGAUCCCUGGCCAACGACCCUUCUCUUGCCCACCCCAUCACCAGGGUGCCCCAGGAGUUCCAGACACCCGAACAAGCCACUGAGCUGGUUCAUCAGCUACAGGAGGACUAUCACAAGCUCCUUACCAAGUACGCGGAGGCUGAGAACACUAUCGACCAGCUUCGCCUUGGGGCCAAGGUACACCUGUAUUCAGACCCGCCUCAGCCCAGUCAGAGCAUCUGCUCUGGGUCGAUGCCACAAGGAAGCAAGGUCUUGUCCUUCUCUAUCCCACAACCCAGAUCAGCAGAGUGGGGGCCUGCGCAGAAUCCACAGGCCUCUGAGGCCACAGGGUGGCUGUCCCCACGAGCAGACCUGAGUCCUUCCUCGUCCCCCAGCAUGGCCACCCCAGGGUGGCUUCCUCGGAACCAGGGCAUUGUCACAGACCAGCCUGCCACAGGACAGAGCCAGACACUGACCUCUCAGGCCAACCGGCUUCUAGCAAAGGUAGAAUCCUUCAAAGAAUUGGUACUGGCCGGACAUCUCCCACCCCAGGACCAAAUCAAGAGCUUGGAGCAGCUGCAGGCAGCCCAUGCGGCCCUUGAGGCAGACUACCUUCAGGCCUGCAGAGAGCGGCACCCGAACACAAAACUUAACGCCUCCAGCGGCAGUCCCAGGACCCUCAAUCUCUGCAGGGAACUAGAGGCGGAGAUAUACCAGUUGGGACGGCACCUGGAAGAGCUGCAGAACCAUGUGGACCAGACCCAAAGAGAGCCCAAAUCAUGCAGGCCAGACCUGCAGGCCAGCACCCCCGCCGUGCCCUUCCUGUCCUGGCCAGCUCAUCUCCCCACGCCUUCAGGACCAGUCUCCUUGUCAGCUGUCCACACCAACCAUGAGCCUGCCACCACUGCCAUCUCCCCAGGGAGCUCUUGCAUACUCCCCAUGAACAAGGAGGUGAACCUGGGCAGUAUCACGGCAGAAGAAAGUCCGAGAGAGCUCCCAGCACCACUCAGGGACAGGGAGCUUCAGGUGGAGCAGGACUUCCAUGGCCUUCUGGAGCGAUACCUCAGUGUGAAGUCCAUCCCAGAAGCCUUGCAGGUGGAAGAUGAGGAGGACCUGGAGGAGGAGCAGGAUCACCACGGUACCUUGGAAACGGAUCGUUCAGCCAGAGCUUCAAGGAAAGCAGAAGCCACAAGGGUACCAGCAGAACAACGCCCAGCUCAGGCUGAAGAAGGUCAUAGGGCUGCCAUCCAGGAGGAGGAGGGACAGGUAGUAUCCAUGAAGCCGCCAAGCGUCCAGACAUCCACGACCCGAGACAGGUAUACCCCAGCCACGGAUACAGCUGAAGGGUCUCCACGGGGCACCAGACCCGUGGCAUCACACCAGAGCAGUCUAACCAGCCUGGAGGAAUGCGGACCCACAGAGCGCCUUCCUCGGAAAGCUCUGCUGCAGGCUGGCGGCUCCCACACUGAGGAGCCCUGGAUGGUGUCACCAGAGACAGACAGUGGCUUCGUAGGCUCGGAAACCAGCAUAGUGUCACCCUUCACCCAGACCCCAGAGCACCGGCUCUCCCAUAUCAGCACUCCAGGGACAUCAGCCCAGCACCUCACUGCCUCUGAGCCUGGCGAUGGAGCCCCCCGUCCCAAGGCCAGGGGUUCUGUGGUUCCCAGAAGAUCCCCAGAGACCGAGACUGGUACACCCAGAAGCCGAACCCAGCGGCAUAUCUCCGACCUGAACAGCUCUCUCCAGCAAGGAGCACACAGCUACCAGCAGGAACAAGCACCUGCGGCUAAGAUGCGACUUCCCAAGUCUGAGUUCAAGAGACAGAAGCAGAUUUCGAAACAGCAACUUCGUAGUGGGGCAACCAGCCCAGCCUCUGCCCCAGCCCCCACAGCUGCUUAUGUGCCCCAUGGAGCAGCCGAGAGCACUGCCAACCUCCUCCUCACCAGGACAGAACGCGACCAGGCCAUCAGGGAUCUCCAGGCAGAGGUGUCCCGGCUCCGCCUACAGUUGGAGGACAGCCUGCAUCGGCCACACGCAGACAACCCAGCUCCUGUAGCUUCUGCUUUCAACCACUCCGCCCGGACACAGGACAAACUGGUGGAAUCCUCUCCCUCCUGGGGCUCCCGCUAUGGCAGUAAAUCCACAGAGAGGUUGUCUGCUGAGCCCAAUGCUACAGAACCAGCUGGGCCGACAGGAAGACGGCGAGUCAGGUCCUCCUCUGUGCCUCGGGAUGUGCCCAGACUGUUCCUGAGCUCAGAAUUUAAAUCGCUGUCCCCUGGGCUGUCAUCUGAGAAGAGCAGGACCUCUGAGGAGCCUCCCCAGGCUGCACAGGAGGGGACAAGAUCAGUAGGCAGCAUGAGGCAGAAGGAAAGAGUCUCCUUCCGGGGCCAGUACACAGGCCAGGAGUACCACAUUCUGUCCCCCAAGGCUGUUCUGAAGGGCGGUGCCACAGCCUCCUGUCCCCAUUGCCAACCCAUUAGGACCUGGGGCACAGGCAGUGCUGUCUCUAGAGAGCCACCAGAACCAUCCACGGCUGAUGCCCUCCGCUGUCCUCUGUGUGGUACAGUCAGGUCCACUGCAGAAGUAGAAGGCCCCAGCUCAGUCCGCUCUAAGAAGGACACCCCAAGGAAAUCUGCAUCUUCCACCCCCAGUCCCAAGCUGAAGAACAGGCAGUCGGGCUCACCUGUACAACCACUCCCUGGACUCUGGUACCUGGCUGCUGCACCCUCAGCCCCAACCCCACCAGCCUUGGCCUACAUCUCCUCAGCUCCCAUCAUGCCAUACCCACCACCCACUGUAUAUUAUGCAACCCCAGCACCUACCUCAGCCGGGACAGCCUCCCUGCCUGCCCAGGGACGUCGGGGAACCUGGCACUCUGUCCACCUGGGUCUGAAUGACCUGGAAGAGCUUCAGGCAGCACUCAACGAGGCCGCGCAGGCUGCUGAGAAUGUACGCGCCACCACCCGGCAGCUGAGCCGGUCCCUGUCUACGGACCUGCGCCGCGCCAGUAGCCUGAGAGGCUCUUGCCUCUUCUGACUCCCUGGAGACUCCAACCGAGGAGGCAGGCAACCUCUGUUGUCCCCUAGUCAAGUCUCCUGGAGCCAUUGAUGGCUGGAAAACGCCAUGCCCCCUCCCCAGGAGCUCCACCAGCCUGCUCCACAUAGCAUGUUUAAAAUGGACAGACAUUAGCCUGGGCAGUGGUAGAUGGAAAUCCAGGUGUAGUGAUCAGCCCACCUCUGUCCAGGCAGAGCCUCUGAGACUUUCCUUGCCAUCCCUUCUGCCCAUGACCACCUGCAGCUAACAGCAUGGACCUUACAGGACAGGAUGUCUUUACACUGGGGAGCUGCCUUGAGCUUGGAUCCUUCUCAGAAGGCCAGCAAGGACGAGGAAAGCCUAGGGUUGCUGCAGUGUUCCUGUCCCUGCCUGUGAUCGCCACACCGAGGCAGGGAGACCCUGGCUAGGGGUGUUCAUCCUAAGUAGCCUGUGGACAGGGAGUGCUUGGAGACCCGUGGAAUGUCUUGGGAUAGAGGCCUCCGGUGGCACAUGUCCAGAUCUUCUGUGAUUACAGAAGUUUCCCCCAUGAGCCCACAGAGCAGAGGCUACCCAUGUAGGGCCAGAAACAGACGCCAGCCUCAGACCUUCCCGCGACCUGCCAGGCCCUGGCUGAGGCUGAGAAACCAGGCCAACAUCCCUUUCCCCAUCCCAUAGCAGAGUGAUCUUAGCAUUUCUGAAAUGUGUGUGUUUCACAGAUUGUUUAUAUAUUUGAGGCAUUUAAAAAUCUAUUUUCGUUAUUAAAGCAAAU